UUCACGUGUGUCAGGAAUUCUCGCAUUAGCGUCUGUGGUCAUGUGGUCCCGGACUAUUCCCCCGUGGCUGCUGCGCUGUCACUGUGUCUCAGCGGGUUUGUGGAAAGAAGGAUGCAACCAGUUGCUCUCCAGCUGCCACUGUGGAUUCUCUCUCGCGCACCCACGGACACGCAUCUUCUACCUGUUGCCUCCGCUGGAGCGAAAGUAGCUCUCCAUUCAGACGGCUGCUUCCCAGAGUUUUCUCCAGGAAGGAUGCUGAGGACGAUGCCAUGAAGUGUGACACUUGUUUCCUCGUCAAUCGUUUGCAAUAGCGGAGGGAAGAGGAGUUCUGGGGUGGUCCACCUCCCGCUCCUCGCUGUGGAGGCGCGGUUGGUGCCGAUCUUCGUCGCUUUCUCUGGGCUCGAAGAUAGGAAGACCAUGGUCGAAUUGGAGAAGGAAGUGCUCCCGCUGCCCCCUCGGUACCGGUUCCGAGACCUGUUGCUCGGAGACUGGCAGGCGGACGACAGGGUGCAGGUGGAGUUCUACGUGAAUGAGAACACGUUCAAGGAGCGCCUCAAGCUGUUCUUCAUCAAAAACCAAAGAUCCAGUCUGCGAGUGCGGAUGUUUAACUUUGCCCUGAAGGUUUUGAGCUGCCUCCUGUACAUUGUCAGAGUUCUACUGGACAACCCGCAGGAGAAACCAGAAGAUUGCGUCAGCGGUGUGAACUGCACCAAACAGAACACGUCGUCCCGUCCCUGGAGCGAGUUUGACUGGAAACUGAUCAUCUGGGUGGACAGACCUCUGCCACUGUGGGCGCUGCAGGUUCUCGUGGCUUUCAUCAGCUUCUCAGAAACAAUGUUGCUAGUUUAUCUCAGCUACAAGGGCAACGUUUGGGAGCAAGUAUUACGUGUUCCCUUCAUUCUGGAGAUGAUCAGCGCUGUUCCCUUCAUGAUCACUGUGAUUUUGCCCUCCUUCAGAAAUCUCUUCAUUCCGGUAUUUCUCAACUGCUGGCUGGCGAAACACGCUCUGGAGAACAUGAUUAAUGAUCUCCAUAGAGCGAUCCAACGGACCCACUCAGCCAUGUUUAACCAGGUGGUGAUACUCAUCAGUACCCUGGUGUGUCUAAUGUUUACAUGUAUCUGUGGAAUCCAACACCUUGAACGAGCAGGAAACAAUCUGACCCUGUUCGACUCGCUCUACUUCUGUGUAGUCACGUUCUCCACUGUGGGUUUUGGUGAUGUCACGCCGCAGAUUUGGCCCUCCCAGUUGUUGGUGGUCAUCAUGAUCUUCGUGGCACUUAUCGUGCUUCCAAUCCAGUUUGAGCAGCUGGCCUUUCUCUGGAUGGAGCGGCAGAAGUCUGGCGGGAACUACAGCCGCUACCGGGCCCAGACGGAGAAGCACGUAGUGCUGUGUGUCAGCUGCCUAAAGAUCGACCUCCUCAUGGACUUCCUCAACGAGUUCUUCGCUCAUCCACGACUGCAGGACUACUAUGUGGUGAUCCUGUGUCCAGCCGAGAUGGACGUCCAAGUCAGACGAGUCCUCCAUGUUCCUCUGUGGGCCCAGAGAGUCAUCUACCUGCAGGGUUCUGCUCUCAAAGACCAGGACCUCAUGAGAGCCAAGAUGGACGAUGCCGAGGCCUGUUUCAUCCUCAGUAACCGGUUUGAAGUGGAUCGCAUUGCUGCUGAUCAUCAGACCAUCCUGCGAGCCUGGGCGGUCAAGGACUUUGCUCCAAAUUGCCCGCUGUACGUCCAGAUUCUCAAACCAGAAAACAAGUUCCACGUCAAAUUUGCAGAUCAUGUUGUGUGUGAAGAAGAGUUUAAGUACGCCAUGUUGGCUUUAAACUGCGUGUGUCCCGGUACCUCCACCCUCAUCACCCUAUUGAUUCACUCGUCCAGGGGACAGACUGCAAACCAAGAGGCCUUCAAGCAACGAGCAGGAGCUUUUCAAGCUCUAAACAGGGAGGGGGGUGUCUGCUCUGCCGACCAGUGGCAUCGAACCUACCGCCGCUGCUCAGCCAAUGAGGUGCAUCACAUCCGCCUGGAGGAAAGUAAAUUUUUCGGGGAAUACCAGGGAAAGAGCUUCACCUUUGCCUCUUUUCAUGCUCACAAAAAGUAUGGGGUUUGCCUCAUCGGAGUCCGCAGACUGGACACCACCAACAUCCUCCUCAACCCGGGUCCCUGUCACAUCAUGGGAGCCUCGGACACCUGCUUCUACAUUAACAUCUCCAAAGAGGAGAACUCGGCUUUCGUCAGAGGCCAGAAGGAGCCGGCUUGGGGGGGCGCUGGAGGGAACGGGAGAGGGGUUCACCAAACCAUCUACCACGGGCUCACGCGACUGCCGGUGCACAGCAUCAUCGCCAGCAUGGGCACGGUGGCGAUUGACCUGCAAGACUCAAGUGACAGCAGCCCAGAGGGUCCAGAACCCGGGAGCGGCGGCCUGGGCAGCGGCAGAGGAAGCCGGAGCAGCUCCAGAACUGAGAUGGCCGGCGCCAACACCCUGGCUCUGCCAGUCAUGAGCGACGCUGAAGAGAGGCGGCACAGCAUCGCUCCUGUUCUGGAGUUGGUCGAUGGGGUGAAUAACCCCACUUUUGACCUGCUGGGGGACCAGUCGGAGGACGAGGGCGGGGAGGAGAGCAAGGAGGACAAGGACGAGACCGCCCACUGGUGGGGGCGCCAUUGCGAGUGGGUGAAGGGAUACCCCUUAAACUCCCCGUACAUCGGUAGCUCUCCAGCUCUGUGCCACCUUCUCCAAGAGAAAAUGCCUUUUUGCUGCCUGCGCAUGGACAAGGCUUGUCAUCACAUCCCCUUCGAGGACGCCCGCUCAUACGGCUUCAAAAACAAGCUGAUCAUCGUGUCGGCGGAGAGCGCGGGAAACGGCCUCUACAACUUCAUCGUGCCUCUGCGAGCCUACUACCGGCCCCGGAAGGAGCUCAACCCCAUCGUCCUGCUGCUGGAGAGCAUACCUGAAGCCGACUUCCUGGAGGCCAUCUGCUGGUUCCCGAUGGUGUUCUACACCGUGGGCUCCAUCGACAACUUAGACAGUCUUCUGCGCUGUGGCGUGACCUUCGCCGACACCAUGGUGGUGGUGGACAAGGAGAGCUCCAUGAUAGCAGAGGAGGACUACAUGGCUGAUGCGAAGACUAUAGUCAACGUUCAGACUCUCUUCAGACUGUUUCCGGCUCUGAGUAUCAUCACAGAGCUGACGCAUCCCGCCAACAUGCGCUUCAUGCAGUUUAAAGUCAAGGACCACUACUCUCAGGCAUUGUCCAAACUGGAGAAGAAGGAGCGGGAGAAGGGAUCCAACCUGGUGUUUAUGUUCCGCCUGCCCUUUGCAGCAGGGAAGGUGUUUAGUGUCAGCAUGCUGGACACGCUGCUCUACCAGUCAUUUGUCAAGGACUACAUGAUCUCCAUCGCCAGGCUCCUGCUGGGUCUGGACUCCAUGCCGGGCUCGGGGUUUCUGUGUGCGAUGAAGAUCACCGAGGACGACCUGUGGAUCAGGACCUACGGAAGGCUCUAUCAGAAACUCUGCUCCUCCACGGGGGACAUACCGAUCGGCAUCUACAGGACAGAAGCACACAAGCUUCCUGUUUCAGAGUCCCAGGUCUCCAUCACCGUCGAGGACUAUGAGGACACCAGGGAGUCCAGAGAGCCGCUGCUGUCCCGGAGCGGAGCUCACCGCAACUCCACCUCCUCCGAGCCCAUCUCCACCUCCUCCCACUGCUCGGACCAUCCGCUGCUCAGGAGGAAGAGCAUGCAGUGGGCUCGGCGCCUGAGUCGGAAGGGCGGUCGCAGCUCCAGCGGGGCCAAGGGGGCGGCGGGAAGUGCGGCGGAGAGAAUCAGCCAGCAGAGACUGACCCUGUUCAGACGCUCCGAGAGGCAGGAGCUCAACGCCCUGGUGCGCACCAGGAUGAAACACUUAGGACUCUCGCCCACUGGAUUCAACGGGAUGACGGAUCAAGGGAACAGACUGUCUUACAUCCUUAUCAACCCGUCUCCAGACACCCGCCUGGAGCUGCACGACGUGGUGUACCUGAUCAGACCGGACCCCCUCUCCCUGGUACCCAACCAAGGCAGCAGUCGGAAGUGCAGCGGCGGGCUCUCGGAGAGCCACAGGUUCGACACCCAGGACAGCACCCAUCUGUGAGCACGACUGUUCAGAACUCUCCACACAGAGGAAUGAAGCGUACGAGGAUGGUAUUUUCUCAGUGGACUUCAAGGUGCAUGGACCUUUUCUAUCAUGAUGGGAAUGUUUGAUUUAUGCACCUUCCUAUUUUCUGGCGACACAGAAGUGCAUUUACUGAAACGAAAUAUUUGUAUUUAUCUCUGUUGAUGUGCAUGUUCUGUGUUGCAUCGUGUGUGUGUGUGUGUGAAUGGAUCGGGGCGCACGACACUGCCAAUUCGUUCCGGUCGGCUCGCUUCACGUGAGUUCACGAAUGUAUUUUUGGUGUCCUCUUCUGUCGUAGGUGUGUUUUGUCACACUGAAUGUUGUUGAAAUGUCGCCGCUGCAGCACAGGCUUCACCUAGUUCCUUUGUUUGGCCCCGUCAUUUUGACCCCUCUGUUUACACUCACCAGCAAUGGAGGAAUCCAAAGAGCAGUGCCCUCAAGGAAGGACAGCGAAGGACAUUUAGCACCCAUGCUGUGUGUUUACAAUCGCUGUCUUCGGCUGCGUGUGUCCUUCGUUCCUCACGUUCCUCGAUUGCUUUCAUCUGUCGCUCAACAGCGGAAGUCGAGAUUCCAAACCCUGGUCUGUAGUGAAGAGAUGGACACGACAAUGAGCGUUGAAGGUAGGAUGGGAGGAAACCAGAGUCAGCUUUCUGAGUCGUCAAAAGAUUGAGUCGAACAUUUAGCCGCUCACAUGCCAGGCCAAGCCAGGAGGGCAUAUUUUCAGCCUCACACAUGUCCACAUAUAUCUUAUUUUAAAGGAAAAACUUCUCUCAUUCCUGCCUUUAGUGCCUCCAUCACAUCUGUUUUGUCGCCCUCAGUGUUUUGCCUGUUGCACCAAGCCAGGAGGGCACAGCUCAAUAUGUCAAUAUAUAGUAUAGUAAAGUUGCAUACAUUUACCUCCAGUGCUGCACAGAUGCCCCGCCCCAAACCUUUCUGCCAGUACAGUGAAAAUUUAGUACUAAUGCUGGUUUAUUUUUUAAAAAUUGACGGGGUCAUUCUAUGAAACCAGUACCGUUGACUCACUUCCAAAAAAUUGAAAUGAUACUUAAGUAGGUGUUAAAAAAAACAAAACAUACUUUUCAGUUUACUCACCACCCGUGACGUCGUAACGCAUUCUGGCUACGACGAAAGCUGAUGACAUCACACUAGUAGGUCUCACACAGGCAAGUUCCUGCAUGUUUUGAUAUAUACGAACUGCCUUUAUUUAGUUAGAGUCUGAACCUUAUCACCCCAUAACACAGGUAACAGGGAAGUACUUCAAAUUAAGGGUUAAAGUUAAGGGUUUUCAGCUGCAGAGUGAAGUGAAGGACAUGGUACGCUUGAUGUAAUAUUUGGGGGAAUGUAGCAUGUCAUUUCUAAUAUCAUUUUUUAUGGCAUAUUAAUUGCAGGGCGGUCAAAAGUUUACAUUUUUUAAUCGAACAUUUGAUUUGUGAUUAAUCGCGAGUUAAAUUUGCGAUUAAUCGCGCAAUUAAACUAGAUUAAAAUGACUAUUGACAGCUGCAUCUGCAUCCUUUUUUUAAUACAAAGUGGAAAUGGCACUGGUUUUAUGGAAUGACCCAUAGUUUUAUGAAAAAUAAGUGAAUACAUGAUAAAAGAAAAUGUGAAUUUUAAAGGGAGCUUCAAAUAAUUUGCUUUAAUAUCAGAAAUACAUGAAUCAUUAUUUACAGUUAUUUUCGCUUCCUGUCUCUGGAAUGAAACUAGGAAUAUAUUCUACUAAGUUUGAUAUGUAUUUUUGAACAUGUAACGUUCAGUGUUAUUAGCAGUGAAUCCGAAUUAGACGUCAGUAUUAUGAGUCGAUGAAGAGCUGCAUCGGCACACGGCUGGAAUCCUCACGCUCGAAAGAGAGCGUUCGCGAGUCCGAGUUUCAUAAAAAGCAGCGAGCUCCUUCACUCCGGAACAAGUCCGGCUGUCGACAUGUUGCCUUUCACAUGCUGUUUACGAAUCACCUGAUGACUGGCGCAAACGGAAACGUGCGCCGUCUAUUUUAUCCCAGAAAUCCUUCCGUUAAGUUUGCGACGCGCUAGUGCUGUAGCUUCAGUGCCGUUCUGACAGAUGAACAUAUGUACAUAAUAAAGUCAGUCCAUAAAACUGCUCCUUCUCUGUCGUUGAUCGUUUCACUCGCAGUGGGAAUUGAACAUACAGAAGUCAGCGAGGAUGGCGGUGGUUGCCAUGGAAACAUGGAGGCGCAGCACCAUCGAGAAAAAGCCCAGCGUGUUGAGAUAAUUAUAUAAAUGAAAUACGGAAGAUGUGACUAAGUUAAUUCCGAAUGAGAUGAGCUGUAAUAUGAGAGGAGAAUGAAGCUGUAAUUAUCGGCCUAAAAAUACGACGGCAGGCCGAUAAUGAGAUGAUGGCAGGAUGUCUGGCCAACAGCAGCCACUGCAGGCAUGAGCGGGUCAUUACCCCGGAUUAGGUGCAACAGUGAAGAGCCGGUCUCAUUCUGCUGAGAAGGUUCAUGGAUGUGGGAAAUGAGAGCAUGAAGAGGACAGGUGUGGACAGAGGGGGAGAUCUGUUCUUGAAAAGAAAAAAACAUAAAGAAAGUGAUGGCGCCCCCAACAGUAAAAACUGUUCACCUGUUGAAGCAGUUUUGAAAAUUUUAUGGCGAUACUUUCAUUUACACUUAACUUACAUCAUCUUUGGAGUUUAAAUAAAAUAUAUUUUUUUAUUUUAUGAUAUUUAGACAUGGGUUUAU